AUGGAAUUUCCGAAAUCAGCUCUCCUCAUCUUGGCCGGUUGGUUUGCCAUGCUGGCUCCCUCAGCCCACGCGUGGUUGUGGGGUUGGCCGGGAGAGUGGACCAUCUCCUACUUUGAGGGCGGCUACAUUGCUUGCGAUGGCCACGGACAGAAUGUCUGCCCCCAAACGACUGGAUUCGACAAGUGCAGCCCGCGCUUGCAGGAGUUCCGUGGCGACACUGGAGACAAUGAGAUGACCUGGUGGACCUACGACUUCAACUGGGGCACCAUGCGCAAGGAAAACUCGGCCUGGAUCGACAUGUGGAAGGCCAGCGAUGGCAGGUGGAACCUGUAUGAGAGCAACAGAGACGGCCAUGUGCACGGGCAAUGCGAGCGCUGGGCCAAGAUUGGCGAGUGUGGGGGUAAGGAUAAGCACAUGCCUCACACCGUCUUCCACUGCUGGCAGUGGUAA